GCUAUUUCCUUCGGGUCCGAAACGAGUUUUUUUUAUCAAGUGUUUACACACUUACGUUUUUAAUACAUGCUGACGGGAUAAUGGGAAAUAUAGAGCUCUGAAGAAGGACAUGCAUUGUUGUAGCACGCUUUUCUAUGGCCAAUCUGCAUCAACAUUGCACCGUAACUGCUGUCAGAGGUUUCCACAUUACCAAGCCACAUUGGACCCCUAACGCUGGUGAUAUUCUGGAUAAUCAGUGCGACAUUUCAAAGAGACAAUCAUCCAGAAUGACGCAACGAGAGCUCCACAACUAUAAGUGCACUCUGAGUGAUGAACUCCUUGAGAAGGCCAAGAAAGAGCUGACUGAAGACCCUGACACUCGCAAACAGGAAAUACAGACUUUGAGGGAGAGGCUUCUCCGAUACCCAGGUUUGAAGUCCCGUGUGGAUGAUGUGUUCCUCCUCAAGUUUCUACGUGCACGCAAGUUUGACCAGGAGCGGACAUUUUCUCUAAUUCUCAAUUACUAUCAGAUGAAGAAAGAGAACGAGGACAUCUAUACCAAUAUGACCCCCAAAAGUGUUAAACCCCUGCUAGAUUCUGAAGUCGUAACUGUGUUACCUAAACCAAGCAAGUUCGGGGAAACGGUCAUCAUCUUCAGGGGAGGGCGAUGGAAUCCUGAGAAAUAUCCUAUUGAAGAAAUUUUCAGAGUGUCCUUCCUUGUCAACAGUGCUGUGAUAGAGUCAGAGGAAGCUCAGGUGAAUGGUGUACGGUACAUCAAUGACCUCACAGACUUCGGCUGGGCACAAGCUAAAACAUUCACCCCAACUUUCGCAAAGAAGUUCUCCACAUUAAUUCAGGACGCCUUCCCGAUGCGAGUGAAGGGCAUCCACUACCUGCAUGAACCAGCCCUGUUUGAGUAUGUCUUUUCUAUCAUCAAGCCAUUCUUGAAGGAAAAGCUAAGAAAACGGCUACAUUUUCUUGGAGAAAACGUGGAGGGUCUUCACGAGUAUAUUGAUCCUGAGAACUUGCCAGAAGAGUAUGCAGGAAAACUACCAUCUAUUUGUUCCCAGGAGUAUUUUGAACGCCUGCUAACACAUGAACAGGAAUUUGAAGAUGAUGCCAAGUUCGGUUUCCUUUCCAUGACGAUACAACAGCCCAGCAAGAAAUCUCAAGAUGCUAUGGAGAGUUUACCUGGAACCUUCAAGAAACUGAAUGUAGAUUAAUGUUUGUUGGAUGCUGACAUCAGUAAAACAAUUGGUUCCUGGGUACUGUUGCCGGGUGCUUGGUGGUCCAAAUUUUCAGACUUGUGGCCGACAGUAGAAAUAAACAGAGGUAUUUUCUGAUGCAAAAGAACCUGAUAAGUUGCUUUAUAACCUAACGACGGCUAACGUGUAUAUAGUAUAUUACAGUCCACUAACUCCACAUGUAUUCCAGAGUUAUAUCUCUUGUCUGUAUCAGGAUCAGCUGAUUGUAGUUUAAGAUCUCGAUUUCUCCCGACAUGAUCCUUGAUCUGACCGUACUAACUUGUGGGUUGAAAUAUUAGAGUGUGACAGUAUUACUAUGGGCUAUCAUCCCAUACUGACUGAAUUACUCCAUUAAAGCCCAACUAACAGACUUAUUUUAGUUCUUUCUUGUGAUGCCAUUUAUAUCAAAGUGAUACCCUGAACUUACGUCCAAGGCCCACAGUCCUGCUAAUGCAGCAUAUCAUCAAACAACAUGCAACAUUGGAUUCGAGUCUUGAAAAGUCAAAAUCAAUACAUUUGGUCUCAAUUCUACUUCAUGAAGAGGACAUAUGAUACAAGACAUAAGUCUUACUUUGUAAUAAACUAAUACAAUUGCUGUGGUUGUUGGUGCGGUAUGUUCCGAAUCGGGAUCCUAUUAGGAAAAUAGUAUGGGACAGCCCGUAGCUGUGUGUAGCAGUCAAUAUCAAAACUGUUUUUUUUACAAGGGAGCUGCACACAGAUCUGGUUACCCCAGCUACCGUGAUGUACGGCUGGGACGAGUCUACAUUUACUACCCUGGUACCCGACCCCCUAUGACCCGACCCUACCCAGGUAUCCGCUGUAGGUCUCUAGAGUUGGGAACAAACUGUCAGAAUGGGAAUUGUUUUACCCCAUUCCUUGCAAAAACUAAUCAGAUACAUGUAUAAAACAAUCUGGUCAUGCAUACACUGAAGUUGACAGAAGCUUUAUCUUUACCAAGUCAUAUAAAAGUCAGAAAGUCAUGCACAGUCAGAAAGAAAUGCGAACACUAGCAACCCACACUACAUGAGUACCCGAGUUACCCAUCCCAGCCCUACUCUCCAGACGUGUUUGAGGGCAGACCAGUUUGUUUCUUCUUGCACACACAUUCUGGGACAAGAUGCAGAUGCAUAAAGUAUCAAUUAAUUAUGAAAAUACAUUCAUUAAAGAUAACCAUGACAUUCAAGAAGGGGACAGGUUGACUGAUAUUGCUUAGCUUGCAAAAAGAAUGUAUAUAUGUGUCAAGUUGCUCACAAAGAGAUUAAUCUAUUUUUGUGCAUCAGAGAGUGAGCCCUUGACAGCCUUUAUAUUUGACAUUGGUCAGCUGGUCAGCUGGGUGGGUUUUGUUGCACCCCUCUUCUCACUCACUCACUCACUCACUGUAAACCAGGAAAAUAUGUCUGCCCAAAAUUUACACAAAUGAAAUAUUUUUUCUAGCUAUUGUAUACAUAUUUCUGAAAUGCACCCUGACCCUUGUCAUCUGCUGCUGUAGUGAGUGAAUUGGGAAUUGCGUAUUGCAGCACCUUAGACAACUGCCCACCCCCCACCCCACUGCUGUAAUAACACCUUGAAGUUAGCCCUGCAUGUCACCUGAAUCUCAGGACUCUACAUAUAUUUCUCAGGGUUGUUUUGAAGUAUUGUCUUGGUCAAUGUCAAAAUGCAGGAUGCAUAAUAAAAAAAUGAAAAACAA